CACGACAAAGGAGCACAAUCUACGCAACUUCACAGACGACGCCCAUCACUCUCGCGCCCUGCGUCACUCUCCCCCUCGUGUCCUCAACGCGCCGCCGCCUCCCAAUUCGCCAGUCCUCUCCCACCCGCCACCCCCACCGACGUCCGUAGCUCCCACCAGACCACAAGCCCAAGCCGGUCAUCUUCAUCCUGCCGGCGGUUACCUCUACCAGUCCGCGGCGUCGCGCCGGCGCGUCCGGGGCGCGACAAGGCCCUAGCAAGACGAGAUCGCCACCGAGCUUCGCCACCGCGACUCCUCCUCCUCCGUCUCGACGUUUUCCUUCCUCUGGGUUUCCUCCAUCGCGUGAGAAAGGCGUCGUCGGAUUACGGGUACCCCAUCUCUUACCCGCGCCUCCUUUUUCCGUUCCUCGCUCCCCUUCGUCAGCGGUUCUUGGUGCGACGCCACUAGCGGUGUUCCCAUCACCGAAGGAUACCAUACGCGAACCAUCAUUCCCGCCCACCGACUCUCCGACAUCCUUGUCCGUGGGCCACCCUUUUUGUCCAAUCCUCGGGCGUCCUUCCAUUGGAGGAAUAGCUGUUAGUUCGAAGAGAUGAGUCUUGUGACAGAUUCACCAGUGCAUUCAUCUAGCAGUGAUGACUUUGCAUCCUACCUCGACUCGAAGUUAGCUUCUGGUUCUUCUGGUUCAUCGGCCGACGACGAAUCUGACGACGAGAGCGAUCAUGAAAGUGAAAGGAUAAAGAGGCGCAAGGUGGAGAGCCUGGAAAUUUUAGAGGAACCUGAGGGGUCAACUUCGCGCGAAUAUUCAGAACAAAUAGUAGAAACAACCAUUAAGCAGGAUUCCUGUUCACAUCCUGGCUUUUUUGGGGGAAUGUGCAUGCGUUGUGGGAAACGUGUUGAAGAAGAAUCGGGUGUAACAUUUGGCUAUAUACAUAAGGGUUUAAGGCUUGCUAAUGAUGAGAUUGCUCGGUUGCGAAAGACAGACAUGAAAAAUUUGCUACGUUACAAAAAGCUUUACUUGAUCCUUGACUUAGAUCAUACAUUGCUCAAUUCAACUUCGCUUGCGCAUAUUACUACUGAAGAGGAACACCUGAGAGGCAAAGUAGAUUCUUGGCAAGACGUCUCUAAAGGCAGCCUCUUCGUGUUGGAGCAUAUGCACACAAUGACCAAGUUGAGACCCUUUGUGCGGACCUUCUUAAAGGAAGCUAGUGAAAUGUUUGAGAUGUACAUAUACACAAUGGGUGAUCGAUCUUACGCCCAGGAAAUGGCUAAGCUACUUGACCCAACAAGAGAGUACUUCCAUGAAAGAGUGAUCUCCCGAGAUGAUGGUACCCAACGACACCAAAAAGGCCUUGAUGUGGUGCUGGGCCAUGAAAGUUAUGUACUGAUAUUAGAUGAUACAGAACAGGCAUGGACAAAGCACAAGGAAAAUUUGAUACUGAUGGAAAGGUACCAUUACUUUGCUUCAAGCUGUCAACAAUUUGGAUUCUCAUGUAGAUCUCUGUCUGAGAUGGAGACGGAUGAAAGCGAGUGUGAUGGAGCUCUUGCCACUGUUAUUGGAGUUCUCAAACGGAUCCAUACCAUAUUUUUUCAUGAACUUGAGGACGAGCUCGCUGGAAGAGAUGUUAGACAGGUUUUGAAGACGCUUCGCAAGGAAGUCCUCGAAGGCUGUAAGAUCGUCUUCAGCCGUGUGUUUCCAACCAACUUCCCUGCUAGCCACCACCAGCUGUGGAAGAUGGCGGAGCAGUUGGGAGCCACGUGCACAGUGGACCUCGACGAUUCAGUAACCCAUGUGGUUGCGAUGGAUGCUGGGACAGAGAAGUCGCGUUGGGCGGUCAAGGAAAAGAAGUUGCUGGUUCAUCCACGGUGGAUCGAAGCUUCAUACUAUUUCUGGAAGAGGCAAAAAGAGGAGAGCUUCUCGGUCGAACAAAAAACCAGUAGUUAGUAUUCAUCGGUUCCAGGAUAUGAGUAGAAAGUAACUUGAUAGUCAGAUUUAUGUAGUGACUUGACAAAUUACGUAGCUGGUUUUAUUCCCUGGUGCAUGUGAAGUCUCUACGAGUUUUGCUUGCUGGCUCCUUGUGGCUGAAGAAUUGCUUAAGGAGAACUUUGGCUCAGGAUUUGGACAGUCUUCCUGUGUCUGGAAUGGCCAUGGAAAACUGAUGUG